UUGUUCGUCCGAUGCGAUUAGUUUAGACAAUUUGGCCCUGAUUGAAACCGAUACCAGACUGUCAUAAUGGUCACAUUGAUGAUGAUGAUGAUUGUAAUGGAAAGGAAAAAUGUUGUUGUCUGAACUCGAACCAUACAAUGGAAUCAAAUCAAGUCAUUCGAUAAUCAUCAAUCAUGCAUUGUGGUGUUUGGCUAUUCAAGCUGGUUGUAUGGACAUCACACACACAAACACAAAAAAAGAGAAACGAAUGAUGACAAGAUGAGAGAAAACAAUGUUGAACGAUCUUCAUCUAUAAAAGAGGAACGUUCUGGCAACAAGGUAUCUCACAAAUAGAUGGUGUGCAAUCGUGAAUUGUGCCAACAACAACAACAAAUGCAACAAGUGUUCUGACUGUCAUCACAUCACAUUGUAUUAUUGCAAAAAUGAAUCGUCAUCGUCCUUAUUAUUGUUGUUGGUCAUUGAUGGUCGUUUUGAUCAUAAUGAACAUGAUGAUAAGCACUGGCCAAUGUACAGGAAGAUCUCAGCAUCUGUUGACAUCAUCACCAUUAUCAUCGGCGACAUCUCCUUUCAUCGGUGUACAACGGCCAUUCGGCGCCAAUUCUGGACCGAUAUCACCGAUUGUAUUUCAGAAGUAUAGCCUAACACCUGCAUCAUCGAUUGUGGGCACGAAUGUGGCACCCACCGAACAGUUAUAUAAUUAUGUACCUGCACCGAAACCAAGUCAUUCAAUGUUGGAUGCAACAUCGACAGCUGCUGCAUCGUUAACAGCAUUGCCCAUAAUGACUGCAUUCAAAAGUCUUUCACAACAGGCAGCACCAGCCACAUUGAUGGCCGCUGCAUUGACGGCCAAUUCCAAUGUUGCCGAUAUUCCUGUCACAUACAAAUUUGAUCUGCCCGAUUCAUUUAGCGGUGCGCUUGAACCAAACAACUUGUUGGCCGGUGCUACACGUAUGUUUGAAGGACAAAUUAUCGGUCCAACAUCGUUGGCUAUUCACAAGGAUUUCAUCUAUGCUGGAACGGCUGGUGGUGCCGUUUGGCGAGGAAAUCUCCGCACAGGAAACGCAACUCGUAUCGCCAAGAUUAAUAAUGACAUGUGUGAGAAGAAAUCGUGGGAUUCAUCAUUAUGUGGACGACCAUUAGGCGUUCGUGUUGAUGGCAAUGGUGUCCUGUAUUUUGUCGAUGCCUAUCUGGGUCUUCAUUCCAUUCACUUUGAUCAGGAUGAUCGUGUACAACUGACACCAUUAUUGUCGGUGGAACAAGUUGGUGGCAAAUACAUGGGCCAUUUAGUGUUGGACGAAGGUGCAGGCACCAAUGGCGGCCAUAUGGUCUAUAUUACAAUCGCAUCGGCUAAACGUGAUCUCACACAAUGGACAGCUAUGGUCAUUGAACCGGAUACGACCGGAUUCGUCGUUCAGUAUGAUACCGGCAAUGGGCAAUAUUCGAUCAUUUGGGAUAAAUUAUGGUAUCCAACUUCGAUUGAAAUCACCGAUGAUCGAACCGCUUUGUUGGUUGCCGAAUUUAGUUCGCGUAAAGUGCUCAAAUAUUACAUCAAAGGUACGAAAAAAGGAGCAUCGGAAAUUUGGGUUGAAAAUCUUCCCGGCGAAUCGGAUCACCUGAUACGUUCGGCUGACAAGACAAAGGAAACAUAUUGGAUGCCAAUCGUGAAUGCUCGCAAUCAAUCGAAACCCAAUCUGUUGGAUUUCAUGUCCGACAAGCCAUAUCUACGCAAAGAGCUGUUGGACAUUUAUGCCAAAAUGGGCAGUCGUAUCGAACAACUUGGCCAGGAAUAUCAGAAUGAACAGCUCGAACGUCUUGGUUUCCAGAUGAAAACUAGUCUACAGUUUUAUCAGCAAAACGUGGGUAACAAUUAUGGUUUGAUUUUGGAAUUGGAUGCCAAUGGCAACAUACUUGGCUCAUUGCAUUCGGUGGCCGGUGUCAAUUCAUUCAUAUCGGAAGCGUUGGAAGGCGAAUCUGAUUCGCCAAACGAACGUGUCCUGUACAUUGGUUCAUUCGGUUAUCCCUACAUACUCAAACUGGUCAUACGAAAACCGGCCAUCGAUGUUGCAUCACGGUUGGCGGUUGCAGCAGCUGCUCAGGCCCAGACCAUCGUUUCGUUGAAUGAUCCGGCCGCUCUGCGAAUGGUUCAGCGAUCAUCCGGGUAUUCAGCCAUUUCGAAUGAUAGUAGUCCCAUGACUAAUAUCGGCAUGAUUUCGCCAUUAUUGCUGCAAUCAUUAAACGGUACGGCGGCAGCAUCGGCAGCAGCUAUUCAAAUGCCGCAAUGGUCAUCCAUUCGUCAUCGUUAUUGAUUCAUUGACCAGUGAUUUGUUGAUUUGUUCAAACCAAACAAAAUUCUCAUGCUUUUAUCUUUAUUUUCAUUUUCAUCUUCAUCUUCAUCUUCCUCAUUCAUUCACUUAUUCAAACACUAUGUAUUCUGUUUCUUAUUUGAAAGUCUGUAUUAUUGCAAUAACCAAAGUGUCAACAACAAACGAUCAUUAUCGAAUAUGAGUUUGAUUAAAUUACAAUUAAUCUUUUGUUGCCAUUUAAACGCAAA